AUGGCAGACAUCCCCGUGGCACGGGUUGAGGCCCCUGUCACCCUCAAGGCCUACUUCCUCUGCGCCUUCGCCGCGUUCGGCGGUAUCCUCUUUGGCUACGACUCCGGCUAUAUCAGCGGUGUGCUGGGGAUGGACUACUUCAAAUACCAGUUUGGUGGCCCCGUCCCAGCCGAUUUCGACCACACAUCCUAUUACGACGGUGAAACAUACUACAUGUAUCAGACGUGGCAGAAAUCCCUCAUCACCGCGAUUCUAUCAGCCGGCACGUUCCUUGGCGCGGUCGUCGCUGGCGGAUUCGCAGACUGGCUCGGCCGCCGCACAACCAUCAUCAUGGGUUGCGCGAUCUUUUUGGCUGGUGUUAUCCUGCAAACCGCUUCGACGACAGUCCCUCUCCUUAUCGUUGGCCGCUUCGUCGCCGGUAUAGGGGUUGGCUUUGUGUCAGCCAUCAUCAUCUUGCACAUGUCAGAAAUCGCUCCAAAAGCCGUCCGUGGAAUGAUUGUUGCGGGAUACUCAUUUGCUGUAACGGUCGGAUUGCUUCUUGCAUCCUGUGUCACCUACGCGACCAAGGAUCGGAUGGACACUGGAUCCUAUCGGAUUCCAAUUGCUAUCCAGGCUGUAUACGCUCUCAUCCUGGGUGUCGGCCUCUUUCUCCUUCCGGAAUCACCACGGUGGUAUGUUAAGAAAGGACGGCUCGAGAAGGCGCAAGCUGCUCUGUGCAGAAUUCGUGGCCAGCCUCAGGAGUCGGAAUACAUUCGAGCUGAACUGGACGAGCUUAUUGCCAACUACGAGCAUGAAAUCGCGUCUAUGCAGGGCGGCUGGAUGGAUUGCUUCAAGGGCGGCUGGAAGCCAAACAGCAACUUACGUCGGGUCGUUAUCGGAAUCUCAAUGCAGAUGUUCCAGCAGUGGACUGGUGUCAACUUUAUCUUCUACUACGGUACCACCUUCUUCCAACAAGCCGGCGUUCCUCAGACACCGUUCAUCAUCGGCAUUAUCACGACGGUCGUAAACGUUGGAUCCACACCUCUCUCUUUCUGGACAAUUGAACGUUUCGGGCGCAGGCCGCUCCUGAUUUUCGGGGCUCUCGGCAUGCUGACUUGCGAAUUCAUCAUCGCGAUUGUCGGUACAGCAGCCCCUAACUCCGGGGCCGCCGGAUACGUCCUAGUAGUCUUCGUCUGCAUCUACAUAUCCUUCUUCGCAUCCACGUGGGGACCAGCAGCUUGGGUUAUAAUCGGAGAGAUCUAUCCGCUGCCAAUUCGCGCCAAAGGCGUUGCGCUUUCGACCGCCUCGAACUGGCUGUGGAACUUCAUUAUUGGCUACAUCACGCCGUACAUGGUCGAUCCGAGCGCCGGUAAUCUUGGAGCAAAGGUCUUCUUUGUCUGGGGCUCGACUUGUGCCGCCUGCCUCCUCUUUGCGUACUUCUUCGUCCCGGAGACAAAGGGACUAUCCCUCGAGCAGGUCGACCAGAUGAUGGCUGAAUGUUCACCAAGGCAGAGCGCCAAGUGGGUCCCGCAUACAACAUUUGCCACAGAGAAGAGGAGAGCAUCAGAGGCUGGUGUCGUUAUGUAUAAGGAGAUGGAAGUGUGA